CAUUCAUCCAUUGUCCGAGCCGCUUAUCCUCACGAGGGUCGCAGACACUUUUACUUUUUGUAAUAUUAUUUUGAAAUAACGUUACUACUUUACCCACCUCUGAUCAGAUGAUGAAGUGACUCUGCACCAUGUUGCAACUUUGUCCCCUCACUUUCUCCAAGUUUUCCCACCAAUCACAGCGCGUUGCUGAUAAAAUGCCUUCACUUCCUCGCUCCUGAUUGGUCGAUAGUUGACAUGAGCUUCCAGCUGUUUAAUGCCGCGCUCCUCCGCUUUUACAUCUGACGCGACAGCUCCUUCACCCUAUGAAAACAGAUCUCACUCCUACAGUAUGUCCUCUGAUUGGCUUAAAAAGGCUCCAAGUAGGCGGGUGUUUUACAAGUUGGCCUACCCCUCCCUCCACGCCUCACUCUCCAUCCAGCUGUGAGCUCCUCUGAUGGACGGAACAGAGAGAACAGUUCUGGAGGAGACAAGGGUGAGAGCGGAAGUAUCUGGUCCCCGCAACUAAACGGAAAGAUGCUCUAUCCUCUUUAAACAAAGGCAAACGGGCUGGACUGGACGCACGGCAGCAUCUUGAUGGAUUUUUAAAACUGUGUUGCGGAGUACGCGCUCAACCAAAACGCCUGUGGAUGCAUUGAAAAGUAUUGGAGAGAACUUCAUUUAGAACCCCGGGGAAAACAACCUAUUCAUAAUUAGUCAUUUGGAUUCGACCGUGAAGUUGUGAGAAACAAAGAAAGGCUUGACGCCGCAGCACCGGAUCUAAACGUUGUUUAAAAUCAUGACUGGUGGAUGGUUAUAAAGUAUUAGUGGCUGGAGCACGGGUGUUCCGCUCGCUCAGGGGCCACUACUGAAUCUUCACCGCACUGAAGCUGCGGAGACGGAGCGGAGUGCGCCAGAAAACCACUUGGGAACUCUGCGGUCCUCCGAAGCCACGGAACAUCCGUUUUUCCUCGCCACCCAAAAGGAUCUCUCUUCAGGCUGGCGUGGAAUUUGCAGCCACCAAACUGAUCAUGCGAUGACGCGACGCGCAUUAGAUCAAUCGACCGAAUCCAAAUCAGGAGGUGAAUGAUGGCCGAGGAUGGGGGAAAUCUCACCGGGACCCCCGACUCCAGGGGCUCUGAGGGCCGCUCCUCUCUUCCGAGGACUUUUAUCCGGCUCAACGACCUAUCCGGGGACGGAGGAGGCGCGGAGAGGACCGAGGUGAUGGUAGAACCGGCUUCCCCGGCCCCUGACGGGACUUCUUCAGCCGGUGAUGAUGCGUCAGUCUCCGGUGAGGAAAGUCUGCCUUACCCCACGCUAGCCCCGGUGGUCUUCUUCUACAUGAAACAGAGCACACGUCCUCGGAGCUGGUGUCUCAAAAUGGUCUGCAACCCAUGGUUUGAACGAGCGUCCAUGUUGGUAAUCCUGCUGAACUGUGUGACCUUGGGCAUGUUUCAUCCCUGUGAGGACAUCGACUGCAACUCUGACAGGUGUAAAAUCCUGCAGGAUUUUGAUGAUUUCAUCUUUGCAUUUUUUGCCAUCGAGAUGGUGAUCAAAAUGGUGGCUCUGGGGAUUUUUGGCAAGAAGUGCUACCUGGGGGAUACAUGGAACCGCUUGGACUUCUUCAUUGUGAUAGCAGGGAUGUUGGAGUAUUCCCUCAACCUUCAGAACGUCAGCUUUUCAGCAGUGCGGACAGUCCGGGUAUUGAGGCCACUGAGGGCCAUCAACAGAGUGCCAAGUAUGCGUAUCCUGGUUACCCUGCUGCUCGACACGCUACCCAUGCUGGGCAACGUGCUGUUACUUUGCUUCUUUGUCUUCUUCAUAUUUGGCAUCGUGGGAGUCCAGCUGUGGGCCGGCCUGCUCAGAAAUCGUUGCUUUGUGGAAGACAACUUCUCUUUUCCUCUGUCUGCUGAACUUGAGAAAUACUACCACACUGAAAAUGACGACGAGAACCCCUUCAUUUGCUCUCAGCCAAGAGAGAACGGCAUGCGGGACUGCGGCUCCGUGCCAAAGCUUUACGACGAUGCGGGUCUGCAAUGUAAUCUGGACAUUUACUCGUACAACAGCACCGAUAACACCACCUGUGUCAACUGGAACCAGUACUACAGCAACUGCUCUGCAGGUCUAGUUAACCCCUUCAAAGGGGCCAUCAACUUUGACAACAUUUGCUACGCCUGGAUUGCAAUUUUCCAGGUGAUCACUCUGGAGGGCUGGGUGGAUAUCAUGUAUUUUGUGAUGGAUGCUCACUCUUUUUACAACUUCAUCUACUUCAUCCUACUGAUUAUCAUUGGCUCGUUUUUCAUGAUCAAUCUCUGCCUGGUCGUCAUUGCUACUCAAUUCUCAGAAACCAAGCAGAGAGAGAGUCAGCUGAUGAAGGAACAGAGAGUGCGCUUCAUGUCCAACGCCAGCACCUUGGCCUCUCUUUCGGAACCGGGUUCCUGCUACGAUGAACUCCUCAAGUACCUUGUCCACGUGAUCCGCAAGGGGGCGAAACAGGUGGCCCACAUUUUUAGGUUCUUAGCACGUCGAGCUGGACUAAACAUUGCCGCCUCUCCGCCUCCAGUGGAACCCCAACAAAAGCAGAGCCAGAAGAGGAGGAGGAAGUCCUCCAGGCAGGGCUCACUGUCCAUAUACCACAUGGUGCACCCUCAUCCCCAUUAUCAUUACCAUCUUGGGAAUGGCAGUGUGAGAGCGGGAGGGAACAUCAGGUGUCUGGAAGGUCAGGAUGCGGAGCCGACUUCUCAUAUCAACAACAUAGGGUCGACAAUUUGUGGCGCGAACCUAACUUUAGUUCCACCGCCCACCUCGGUCAUAACGGCAACUUCUGACAUCAAUCUAGUGGGAUAUGCUGGUUCACACUCCACUCUUGGUGUGCUACACCAAGAAAAUAUUGGCUUUACACCCUCAACUACAAACCUCUGGCAUACCCCAGCCCCGUUCUCCCUUACUCCGGCAUCCACAUCUAGGACGAUGAAGAGGAACUCUGUGCCGUUUGCUGCUCCUGGUCCUAAAAACUAUCCUACUCUCCAGGCCAGAGCUCUAGCAGAGUCAAGACGGGGGAGUGUGGCGACGGGUGCACUAACAAAUAUCAGUCUCAACAUUCCACCCAUGUCCUAUGGUAGAAGACGGCAGAGCCUGGCAGACACACUUAACCCCUCAGCUGCGGCCUUGCCUGCUCGCCAGCUGUCCGCUCGCGACCUCAGCGUGGUGAGCAGCGCCAUGGACGCGGCCGGCUUGACCUCGGACCCCGAAAGUUGCCCUUAUUGCGCGAAGGCCCUCGCCAACGAGUCGGAGGGUGGCACGGAAACACCGGGAGACUCUGACAGCGAGGGCGUCUACGAGUUUAGCCAGGACGCCCGCCGCAGGGACAGGCGGGACAGUCGUCAGCCCAGAAAAAAGCCGUCCGGCCUGGGCAAAACGGCUGGAAAGAUUGUGCACUUCUGGAGGUUGGUGUGCGAUACGUUCAGGAAGAUCGUUGAUAGCAAGUACUUUGGACGAGGGAUCAUGAUCGCCAUCCUGAUCAAUACGCUUAGCAUGGGGAUUGAGUAUCAUGAACAGCCCGAUGAACUGACCAAUGCCUUGGAGAUCAGUAACAUUGUGUUCACCAGUCUCUUCUCCCUGGAGAUGCUGUUAAAAGUAUUGGUGUACGGUCCAUUUGGAUACAUUAAGAACCCCUACAAUAUUUUUGAUGGCAUCAUCGUUGUUAUCAGUGUGUGGGAAAUUGUGGGUCAGCAAGGCGGGGGUCUGUCCGUGCUGAGGACCUUUCGUCUCAUGAGGGUGCUGAAGCUGGUCCGAUUCAUGCCGGCUCUGCAGAGGCAACUGGUGGUGCUGAUGAAGACCAUGGACAAUGUGGCCACCUUUUGCAUGUUGCUCAUGCUUUUUAUCUUCAUUUUCAGUAUUCUGGGGAUGCAUCUGUUCGGUUGUAAAUUUGGUUCAGAGCGGGAUGGAGACACCCUACCAGACCGAAAAAACUUUGACUCACUUCUAUGGGCCAUUGUGACUGUUUUCCAAAUCUUAACCCAAGAAGACUGGAAUAAGGUAUUAUAUAACGGCAUGGCGUCCACCACUCCUGUCGCGGCACUCUACUUUAUUGCCCUCAUGACCUUCGGUAACUACGUUCUGUUCAACUUGCUGGUGGCCAUCUUGGUGGAAGGCUUCCAAACUGAGGAAGUGACCAAGCGGGAGGACUUGCAUGCCCAACUGAGUCUAAUUCAGCUGCCUGUAGAUGCAGGGGGGGAUGCUUCUAAAUCAGGUUCAGAGAUUGAUUCUUGUGCUCGAAGUAUGGAGGAUGUUAACAGCAGUAAAAGGGAUUUAUCAGCCUCUGCAGUAGUACCUGUAAAUGGUCACGUGGAUCUGAAGAGCAGCCUGACCCCUCCACUGAUUACCCACACGGCCGCCACUCCGAUGCCUAUUCCCAAAUUGCCCAUCGGGGGUGACUUCCACCAGGCUUACGAGUCGCGCCGAGGCAGCAGUGUCUCCAUAGACCCAAACGCCUAUGAAAAGUCCCCGACCAGUGCCCGCAGCGCUUCCCCUUACGCACAUCGGAACACGGGCAGUGGCCGCAAUAGCCGGCGAUCCAGCUGGAACAGUCUGGGUCGAGCCCCGUCACUGAAACGCCAGAAGCAGCAGUCUGGGGAACGGCAAUCACUUUUAUCAGAAGAGGGGCGCUCCAGCUCUGAAGAAGGCGAGACCGGGCUAGAAGGACGAGACGGAUUGACGGAGGAGGAUGACGCUUCCUUGGCCAGGACGGACUCCACGUCCCAGUCGCAGACGGGGCCCGGUCACCGGAGAAUGGAAUCCAUGGAAACGCGAAGCUCCAUGGAUUUGCCCCCUGAUGCCUUACUGCAGGUACCAUAUCUUUAUCGCUCAGCUAGCAUGCACAGCUCUCGACCCCCUUCAGUGGGCACCUUGCGACCUGCGGAGCAUAGUGACUGUAACGGGAAGGGAACACCCUCACUUUUGGGCCCCGUCUCAAUGGAGGAGAACACCGAGGAGGAAAAUGCUGAAGAAGAGGCCAAUCUGGGUCGUCUUGCCAGAUUGUUUCGCUGGCUAGAAAGAAAACAACCAGAGUGGUGUCGACAAAGAGACACCUGGUCACUCUACCUCUUCUCUCCAGAAUCAAGGUUUCGUUUUGUGUGCAAAAAUAUCAUCAACCACAAAAUGUUCGACCAUGUGGUGCUGGUUAUCAUCUUCCUCAACUGCAUUACUAUCGCAAUGGAGAGGCCUCGCAUCGACCCCACCAGUGCUGAACGAAUCUUCCUAACAUUAUCCAACUACAUCUUCACAGCAAUCUUUGUGACCGAGAUGACCAUCAAGAUUGUAGCUUUGGGUUGGUGUUUUGGUGACCAGGCCUACCUGAGGAGCAGUUGGAACAUUCUGGAUGGGAUGUUAGUGAUGAUAUCUGUUAUCGACAUCCUGGUUUCUUUCAUCUCCAACUCGGGUACCAAAAUCCUCGGUAUGCUCAGGGUGCUCAGGCUGCUGCGUACGCUCAGGCCUCUGCGUGUAAUCAGCAGAGCCCCGGGUCUCAAGCUGGUCGUGGAGACCCUCAUGUCUUCACUGAAGCCCAUCGGCAACAUUGUGGUCAUCUGCUGCGCCUUCUUCAUCAUCUUUGGCAUCCUCGGUGUACAGCUCUUCAAAGGGAAGUUUUUCGUCUGUCAAGGAGAGGACGUGAAGAACAUCACAAACAGGUCUGAUUGUUUACAAGCCAGCUACAAAUGGGUCAGACACAAGUACAACUUCGACAACCUGGGGCAGGCCUUGAUGUCUCUAUUUGUUCUGGCGUCAAAAGACGGAUGGGUCGAUAUCAUGUAUGAUGGACUCGAUGCUGUAGGAGUCGAUCAGCAGCCAGUGAUGAACUACAAUCCUUGGAUGUUGCUGUACUUCAUCUCCUUCCUCCUGAUCGUGGCAUUCUUUGUGCUCAACAUGUUUGUGGGAGUGGUGGUGGAGAACUUCCACAAGUGUCGGCGGCACCAGGAGGCCGAAGAGGCCAAGCGCAGGGAGGAGAAGAGACUGAAACGCAUGGAGAAAAAGAGACGGAAUUUAAUGGUUCCAGGGGUGAGUUGGGCCCUGUCGGACGGCACGUUAAAAGAAGCUCAGAGUAAGCCAUACUACUCGGAUUACUCCCCCACCCGUUUGAUUAUCCACAAGAUGUGCACGAGCCACUACCUGGACCUCUUCAUCACCAUCGUCAUAGGACUCAACGUCAUCACCAUGUCCAUGGAGCACUACCAACAGCCAAAGGAAUUGGAUGAAGCAUUGAAGAUCUGUAACUACAUCUUCACUCUCAUCUUUGUACUGGAGUCAGUCUUCAAAUUGGUUGCCUUUGGCUUCCGACGCUUCUUUAAGGACAAGUGGAACCAGCUUGAUCUAGCCAUUGUGCUGCUGUCUAUCAUGGGAAUCACUCUGGAGGAGAUUGAGGUCAACGCUUCUCUGCCCAUUAACCCAACUAUAAUACGCAUCAUGAGAGUGCUGAGGAUAGCACGAGUACUGAAGCUCCUGAAAAUGGCGGUGGGGAUGCGAGCUUUGCUGGACACCGUUAUGCAAGCGCUGCCUCAGGUGGGAAAUCUCGGUCUUCUCUUCAUGCUCCUGUUCUUCAUCUUUGCCGCCUUGGGAGUGGAGCUGUUUGGCGACUUGAUUUGUGAUGAACUCCACCCGUGCGAAGGCCUGGGACGCUAUGCCACCUUUAAAAACUUUGGGAUGGCAUUUUUGCUGCUCUUCAGAGUUUCAACUGGGGAUAACUGGAAUGGCAUCAUGAAGGACACUUUAAGAGACUGCGCCCAUGAGACGACGACCUGCUACAACACCGUCGUCUCUCCCAUCUACUUUGUUUCCUUCGUCUUGACCGCUCAGUUCGUCCUGGUUAACGUGGUCAUCGCCGUCCUGAUGAAGCACUUGGAAGAGAGCAACAAGGAAGCUAAGGAAGAGGCAGAACUAGAGGCAGAGUUAGAGCUGGAGCUCCACGGCGAUCGGGGAGACCUGGCAACCAGGUCGCCCCAGCUCAACCCUCUCACACUGGGCACAGACAGGUCUAGUUCUGGGGGUUCCCCCUGGAGGUCCCCCAGGGACAUGGGGCAGGAAAGCGGCAUUGACUCGCCCACUGUUGAUAUACCGAGGGACCCAGUCAACAUCAAUGAGGAGCCUUCCUCAUGCCUGGAGCCCGCUCUGGAGUUUGUCCAGCAAAGAGCACAGUUUGACUCCAUCUCCCUGGUCAUCCAGGGCUCAAUGGAGGGAGAGAUGAGUUUGAUGGACAACUUGUCCGGCUCUGUGUGCCACUACUACGCGCUGGCGCCCAAGGCCGCCGAGCACAACACCGACAAAAAGAUCCCUCUAGCUGAGAUGGAAGCUCUGUCUCUGGCCUCUGAGAAAUCCUGGUCCCUAGCUCUGACAGAGGAAUCGGUCGCUGGCAAUUUUAAUCCCCUCUCUCUAAGCAGCCUGGAAUGCAAUACCGAACAGUUGGCACUGGAGGAUAACCUACUGAGUGUCAGGAAGCCAACGGUGGGGCGCGCGCAUUCCCUACCCAACGACAGCUACAUGUUCUUCCCCCGGCGGGCAGCUUUAGCGCAGACGCGGCACAUACGAAGCUCCCACUGGGCCCUAUCAGGCUCCAGCGGUUCUGUGCGUUCCCAACCUGAAGAAUGUUCUGAACGACCGAGCAUUCCCACUGACCUCUUCAAACCCAUUAGCUGCUCGGACUCCGAGAGUAUAGCGCCACUUCCCCCUCCCAGGCGCACACGCACGGCGAGUCGCAAGCUCCGCAGACAGGUGGCAGUGUCUACUGAUUCUCAGGAGGCUCUAUGUUCAGACGGAGAGGAAAGCAGUGACGGACUUGAAAACGUGGCUUCUCUCUCACCCUCGACCUUCUCCCACCAGCAGCAGCAGCAGCAGCGUCCCGCGCUCUGCCCGGCCCCCGCCAAGCCCGACCCCUCCCCCGGCUCCUGCUCGUCCCAUCGGCGACAAAACCGGUCCUCCCUCGAUCGGGAAGUGUCCCUCAUUAAUGCGGGGGUGUUGACAGGAAGCGAGGAUGUACGAGGCAGUGAGAGUUACAAAAACAAUACCGUCUGCCAAGACAGUGGGAGUCACGGUUUGAGGCCGUUGAAGAGGUUCCACAGCGUCGACACGCAGGGUCGCAGCGUUGUCCCACCCCGUCCUCGCUCCUGGUUGGACGACCCGCGUCGCCACUCGCUGGAGGUUUGCUCCGCGGCCGCUUCCUCUGGUUUCGUGCCGAACGCCGACGGUCUGCAAACCUCCGCUCAGACUCCGCUACCCUCCCCUCGACGGAAGAAGAAGAUGAGUCCUCCCUGCAUCUCCGUGGAACCGCCUGACGGAUCGGAGCCCCUCCGCCCGGCUUUAGGUGGCUUAGGCUCAGGAGGGUUGCGGUUGCCACCGCCCCUGCCUAAUCGGGACACCUGCCUGAGGAGGAGAGCCCCCUCGAGCGACUCCAAAGACUCUUUCGACCUCGGUGUCGGAGAGGGUUCGGGACAGGACGGUAGCUCCCCAAACUCCAGCAAUCCCAAGCUACUGACACUUCCCAAUUUCUCUUUUGAGAAGACGAGUUCUGAGCACUGAUACGCAAACACACAAAGAGGAAACGCAGACACUGAGGCACUUUGUGUAUCUUUGGUGGUGAUAGGUCUAGUGACAAUGCUGUAGAGCAGGGGUGUCCAAGCCACAAGCAAAUUCUGGGAAUAUCACUGAAUUUGGUCCGCACAAGAAGCUGGAGUUCAGCCUCCAUUCUGUUGCACUUCUCAGCUUUAACACUAGAUGGAGCUCGUCACUUAAACAGUGCCUCUAUUCAAUCAGGGCUCAAAAUCUGACAUGUUGUAAUAAAUGUAUGGAACUGGAUUUUUUUUUUUUUUUUUUUUUACAUAAAUUCAGCUAGUCCCCGGUUUACGAACGAAUUCCAUUCCUGCACUGGCGAUGUAACCUGGAUUUCCGCGUAAAUCAGAAUUAAGCCUUUAAAUACCUCAAAACACACUCUAAAUUAGAAAUCAACUAUCCAAAAACAUGUAUUAUACGUCAUCCUACUGUCGUCGCCAAAACGCCCGUACUAAAGGCUGAUUUAUGCUUCUGCGUAGUGGUGACGGCGGACCUACACCGUUAACGCAGACCCGAUUUACAACCCCACGCCGUCGCACCUCCAGAAAAUCCUGACUACGCGUUAGGGCUGGGCGAUAUGGCCUUAAGUACGUAUCACGAUAAAUUGAGCAGAUUUACCUCGAUAACGAUAAAUGACGAUAAAUUCGCCCAAGCGGACUGUUAUAUAAUUUUAAAAUUUGAAUCAAUGCAUGCAAUACAAAUUAACCGUUUCUCAUUAAAUUUAUUUUACCAGCUUUCAAUUUAACAAUUGCACAUGCAGUCUCAACAUUAAGUAUUAAAAAUAAUCUUGAAAACAAUAAGAAUUCUAGUGUGAACAUUUAUAACAGCUUGUAUGACUUGAAAAAUGUACAGCAUUAUAAAAAUCAAUAUGACGACUGUGCAAACAUGUCAUUCUAACACAAAUGACUUGCAGCUUUAACAGUACACUUCAGACAACUUAUUGGUAAUGGCUGCUGUGACAUAAUUAUUCGACACAAGUGUUUACGUCAAGGUUUCAGGUUUUUUUUCCAGAACAUAUUUUAAUACAUGCACCCCCUACACAGACACAACCAGAUUAAAGCUGUAUUGCUCUGAUGCCAAUGAAACAUUUAAGAUUUUAUGAUGGCAAAAUAAAGCAAACACAUACAGAAAAAUAGCUGUGGCCAUUAAACUGUCAUAUAUACUGUAGGCUUCACUGGUGGAUUAUACUUUAUGCUGAGUGCUUUACCAUCAUGAAAGCUUUCAGAGAAAUCACACAGAUCACACCAAAUAACGCGACAUAAUGAUUGCUACCUGAAGUCCGUGCCCAGUCCACUCAUUAAUUUCAGCCGCAUCGACGAGGUUAGAGCCACUAUCCGACUCCAUCACGUUUAUUUGUACCGUUAGCCGCUAGCGUUAGCCUGUGGCUUGGCUACCAGAAGAAAUCACUGAAAGUAUCCGCUCCUGAAAUUGUGAGAACCAGGGAGGACAGCGGGUGAAAGCCCGUCUGGAACCCGCCAAGAGUUUACUCAACGUCGUGUGAAAGUUUGGCAAAACUAACUUAAGCCAGACUUCAUCACGUUUACUUGUAGCAUUAGCUGCUAGCGUUAGCCUACCAGGCUUCUGUUUGUUUGGCUUCCUGAGAACCACGUGACUCCAUACGUAAGCACACUGUCUGCUUUCUUAAAGGGGAAUGAACAUAGCCGAACAACAGAGUCUAAGCGGGAUGAAAAGACUAUAUUUUCUUGUUUUAUUAAAUUACCGAAUUUAUCGACAUGUUCAAAAUUACGUCGGUCAUCGUGAAGAAUUUCGGUGACGGUAAGUUUUUGGUUUACCGCCCUGCUCUACUAGCGGACCAAUCACAGUCUUUCGAUGUUCACGUCACACGCAUUGACGUGACGCGAACAUUGAAACACUGUGAUUGGUCCGCUUAGAACGUUGUUUCCGCUUCAGCACAACAACACCGCCAUUUUCAAACGUCUUCUGUGUCACUUACGCUUCGACAUUUGUAAUAAUAACAUUUGUUCAGUACUGAUUAGCUGCAGCUUCAAAUACACACAUUUCAUCUCCGUUGCCAUUGCUGUCAAUGCCCAGAGGAAAACUAAGGGAAUUCGACAAGUUUCCCAAAACCGUAAAAAGACAAAGCUACACCCCCCCUAGUGGCAUGGCGGUGAAUUGCAGAGGUACGCGUCCCCUUGACGCAGAACUUCAAACGCGCAAUGGCGGUGCCGUCGCUCCACCAGCACCAGAACACAGAAGCAUAAAUCAGCCUUAUGUCCUAGACAGUGAGCUAAGCUCUGAAAUGAGGGUAAUCUUUUUGGUGCAUUCAUGAAAAACAGAAGAGCAAAAUUCUUUUUUAUUGAAAUCAUUUUCUGAUUAAAUAUUAUUUUCUACCCGAUAUAUACUUAAAAAGUUGAACAUAUUAAAUAUUUUAAAUAUAUAUUUUUUCCUUUUUUUUAUUUUAUUUUUUAUUUUUUUGCAUAACCCCCCCCCCCCCCCCCCUUCUGUCUUAGCAGAGAAUGGUUUGACCUCGCUCUGGCGCACUCAAGGCUACACUAUGUACGUGCCCUGAAGCACGAAAUUAAAAUCUGUCAUUCUUAUAAACUUUAAACAUGGCGAGUCGUCAUAAAUCGGAUGAACGAGAAAAAAUGUUGUUGUAAAGUUUUUAAAAGGGGGACAAGAAGCCAGAGAAUUAGAGCUAGAGUUGGCCGUGGACGGUGAUGUCGGUAAAUGAACAACAGCCGCUAACACGGAACGUUUACAUUCGCGAUCACCGUGACCAAACCCCAAUUUGAGUCUGUCAGCGGUCGCUUGUAGCCUAUUGGGCUGCGAUAUGACAAGAUAUGCCGCUUGCCUUGAGCCGAGGAGAGAGAAGGUGAUGGAAGAUCAGGUGCGCGAGGCUGAACAGACUCUGGUCCAGUGACACAUUUUGUUGUCUUUGCCAGUGAUGGUAGUUUGAGGAGAGUGAGCUCUCAGUAAAAUGAAAAUAAUAAAAAACUACCUACGCUCCACCGUAUAUCACUUAACAACCAAGCCAUGCUCUCCAUUGAGCGUGAGCUUGCUCAAAAACUGGAUUUCACUGAUGUUAUAAAUGACUUUGCUGUCAAAAAAUCUAGGCGCAUCACUGUUUGAGGGCUUGAUAACCCCAGGGAUGUGGAGGGGCAGGCACAGGAUGUCUAGUUAUACUGUUUUGUUGCUUAGCAGAUAGGCAUAGCACUCUCAGUUGUAUUGUAUUGUAGCCUACAUGGGAAAAUAGAUGGAAAUGGUUUGUUUCUAUUGUGUCACAUCCCAUUACGGUCUGUUAAAUUCAACUGUUCAUCUCAAAUUAAAUUACUUGAUCAUGUUUAACCCGAUCCCGAUCCUCUGAAAAUGAUGUCAUCGGGCUCGAUUUCAGAUCACGCCAAUCAAAUCGGACCCCAUAACAAAGUGGAAGUUUGGACACCCCUGCUGUAGAGAGUGAUAAUGGUUUAACUAAGAAAAACAGUGAAACAUCCUAGGUUCCUUGAGCAGUGAUGUAGUACAGUAGUGUUGCUGGCCUUCGUCUUUGGAUUUUUUACUGCCAACCCUACGAGACAGGAGACCAAAAAAAAGAGACAGAAAACUCCUGCUACACUCGCAUGCCAAAGGCUGCAGUUUGAUCCGAUCACCUUUGGGGUGACAUGGCGCCACCUUCAAUUGCCGUUGGAACUUCCCGGUGUUUCACAGGGUUGACUUUGCCCGCUCGUUGGAGGUACAAAGCAAUAUGAACGUUUUAGAGGCACUAUUUUCUUAAAUUAUUGGGCCAUAGUGUUUGUACAGGACGUUGUUUUGUAUUUCUUUUCAUUUUAUGUGAGUCAUUUUUUCUUGCGCUCUAAAAUGGUUUGUCUUUGUCUUUUUUUCCCGGUCUAGUUUAUUUUGAACUUUAUUGAGAAAAGUGUUUUUUUUUUAGUGCUAAAAUCAUGUAUUUGUAGAAAUAAUAUAUAAAUCUCUAUAUAUAAAAUAAGUCAUUAAACAGAGCUUGGAUUUUAAGCACAUUCAUCAAACAUGGUGGUCGAUUGUUAACCGGAGAAUGGUUUAUUUCUAUUGAAUUGGCUGAAAAGUGUUAGUAUUUCACUGAGUAGUUUGAAGAUGAUGUUAAACAAAAAUACCGAAUCAUUCUGGACGUGUGUUUUGCUGAAAAUGAUGAUAAAAGCACAUAAUUUCAUGUUUCACCUCAUGAACCUUUUAUUCAUUCAUAUGUAUUUAUUUAUUUUUCAAAAUAAACACUUAUUUAAACUUGUAUUCCUGCAAAAGCUUUAAAAGAACCCUUGAGUGGUCACCGUUUUGUAGUGCUCGAUAGGCCAUUUUCAACUCUGGUUGAAGCAUUUAUUGUGCAACAUCAGUCUUUUUUUUUAAUUAUCCUUUGGAUGCCAUUUUACCAGGUUUGCACAAUAAUUAGCAUUUAAAGUGGUCAGAAUCAGUGUUGUUAAUAAUGGUGUUAAGAGUAUAACUUUUUUUUUUCUGAGGAUAUUUUACAAAGCAAAGCUUCUUUGACCGGGGUAAGGACUGGGAUUUGCACAUGGGGAUUGGCCAGGUCGGGUGUAAGAAUGGGGAUUUGCACAUGGAGAAUGGCCAGGUGGGGGGUAAGGACCAGGUAUUUUGCGGAUUUGGGUAUUUCAAAAUAUGGGUAUUUCGCUGAUUUGCAUAUUUCCCAAUCUGGGUAUUUCCAUAUUUUGUUUUUUUUUCGUGGGUUUGGGUAUUUCCCAAUCUGGCUAGUUCGCUGAUUUGGGUAUUUCCCAAUCUGGGCAUUUCCAAAUUUUGGGUUUUUUCGUGGAUUUGGGUAUGACCCAAUCUGGGUAUUUCGCGGAUUUGGGUAUUUCAAAAUCUGGGUAUUUCGCGGAUUUGGGUAUUUCAAUAUCUGGGUAGUUCGCAAUUUUGGGUAUUUUGCGGAUUUUGGUAUUUUCAAAUCUGGGUAUUUUGCUGAUUUUGGGUGUUUUGCGGAUUUUGGUAUUUUCAAAAUCUGGGUAUUUCCUGAGUUUUGGGUAUUUCAAAAUCCGGGUAUUUCGCGGAUUUUGGUGUUUUCAAAAUCUGGAAAUUUUGCGGAUUUUGGUGUUUUCGAAAUCUGGGUAUUUCGUGAAUUUUGGGUUUUUCGCAAUUUGGGUAUUUUGCGGAUUUUGGUAUUUUCAAAAUCUGGGUAUUUUGCU